ACUAUCCUAAACCUGAAAAGGGUGGCGAUCUGAUUAAUUUCGAUUUACCAGAUAUCUCUGAUUCCAAAAGUUCAUCAGAUGAUUCGGAUGAGCCUUUAUCAUCAACUCCCAAUAGGGACGAAGAUGAUAAGAUAACUAGGAAACCUGAUUCUCAUUCUGAAUGGAGUAAUCCAUUAAACUUAACUGGAAAGGAAAUCAAUAUAGAUUUAACAUUUGAUGAUGAUAUUCCGAUGGAGGAUACAGGACUUGAAAAUGAUUCUUGGUUUGUGAAUGAUGUUAUUGAUGCGACACGAAACGAGCAAAAACGCAGAGAUGGGAUCAUAAAAGAGGCUGAAUCAGAUCUUUUGAUUGAUCUUAAUAGCCAGGAUCAGGAAUCAAAAUAUAAUGAUAAUAAUUCUUCGAAUUUUUUUGGUACUAUCAAUAAAGAUAUCGCAGAAUUGAAUAAUUCAUUAUAUGAUUCUGCCGCAUAUCCCACAAUAUCGCCGAUGAACCAUGACUUAAUGAAUGAUUCCAUGGAUCUUUAUUAUUUUAAUAAAAAUGAAAGUAACAACACUUUAAUGUCAGUAAGCAAUGACAGUCGUUCACAUUCAUCUCAAGUGAAUGGUAAUCAUAGAUACUCGACUGACACUGUUUCGAAUCAUCGUUCGGAAACCAAUGGUUCAAUUAUGGAAAAUAUGAUGGAUGCCAAAGUUACUUCUCAAACUGAUGACAUAAGAUCGAAUAGUUCUACGCGUGACAUGUCAAAUGAUCCCCCCGAAACUAACUUAACAUCUCCAAUUAUUACAUACGAUAUUAAAGAAAAUUGGUCUACACGUACAGUUGUAGAUGAUCAAGAAGAAAUAUCUCUGUCAGCUUUACAAUUAUCUGAUGGCACUUGUAACCCUAACGGAGAAGAUAGUAAAUUUAGUAUAUUCGUUGAAACACCAUUGUAUGGACGUAAAACUUUGGAAAUGAGCGUGGACGAAGAUGCCGAUACCGUUGCUGCUAAUUUUUGUCGUACGUGGCAAAUGUUAGAAUAUCAAGAAGUUUUGAAGGGACUUAUAUUAAAGAAAUUAAGAAAAAAAUUGCGUCGAAGACAACGAUUAGCAAAACAAUCAAAUAAUCAGGAUGCGGGGA